UUGGCUUGUAUUUGAAGCUACACACAGAGUUUGGGAUUUGUUAUCCGCAGUACGAGACGCAGUCCUUCCCCCGAGGGCCUGCAACAGCGUGUUUAGUGCCGUCUUGUGACGGAGGAGGACGAUUUUUUGUUUUCUCUCAGAAACGGGAAGGGAGGAGAGGCGAGAAGGAUGCCGAAACCGAUCAACGUACGGGUCACCACCAUGGACGCCGAGCUGGAGUUUGCCAUUCAGCCCAACACCACAGGCAAACAGCUCUUUGACCAGGUGGUGAAGACCGUGGGUCUGCGUGAAGUCUGGUUCUUUGGACUGCAGUACGUGGACAGUAAAGGUUACAGCACUUGGCUGAAGCUCAAUAAGAAGGUGACUCAGCAGGACGUGAAGAAGGAGAACCCGUUGCAGUUUAAGUUCAGAGCAAAAUUCUUCCCCGAAGACGUCUCAGAAGAGCUGAUCCAGGAGAUCACACAACGCCUUUUCUUCUUACAGGUCAAGGAGGCUAUUUUGAACGAUGAGAAUUAUUGCCCUCCCGAGACCGCGGUCCUGCUGGCGUCCUACGCCGUUCAGGCCAAAUACGGUGACUACAACAAAGAAGUGCACAAGCCUGGCUACCUCACCAACGACCGGCUGCUACCACAGAGAGUUCUGGAGCAGCACAAGCUGACUAAGGAGCAGUGGGAGGACCGGAUACAGACAUGGCACGAGGAACACAGAGGCAUGCUGAGAGAGGACUCGAUGAUGGAGUACCUGAAGAUUGCUCAGGAUCUGGAGAUGUACGGCGUGAAUUAUUUUGAGAUCAAGAACAAAAAGGGAACAGAGCUUUGGCUGGGAGUGGACGCCCUGGGACUUAACAUCUACGAACAUGAAGACAAACUGACGCCAAAGAUCGGCUUCCCCUGGAGUGAGAUUAGAAACAUUUCUUUCAACGACAAGAAGUUUGUCAUCAAACCCAUCGACAAGAAAGCACCAGACUUUGUGUUCUACGCCCCGCGCUUGCGAAUCAACAAGCGCAUCUUGGCUCUGUGCAUGGGGAACCACGAGUUAUACAUGAGGAGACGGAAGCCAGACACCAUCGAGGUCCAGCAGAUGAAAGCGCAGGCCAGAGAGGAGAAGCACCAGAAACAAAUGGAGAGGGCACAGCUGGAAAACGAGAAGAAGAAACGAGAGCUGGCAGAAAAAGAGAAGGAGAGAAUAGAGAGAGAGAAGGAUGAGCUCAUCGAACGUCUGAGGCAGAUUGAGGAACAGACAGUAAAGGCACAGAAAGAACUGGAGGAGCAGACGCGUAAGGCUCUGGAGCUGGAGCAGGAGAGAAAGAGAGCGAAGGAGGAGGCGGAGAGACUAGAGAGAGAGAGACAAGCGGCAGAGGAGGCCAAAGCCGCCCUGGCCAAACAGGCCGCAGAUCAGAUGAAAAACCAGGAGCAACUGGCGGCUGAGCUUGGAGAGUUCACAGCCAAAAUUGCCCUGUUGGAGGAGGCCAAGAGGAAGAAGGAGGAGGAGGCCACAGAAUGGCAACAUAAAGCCUUGUCUGCCCAGGAGGACUUGGAGAAGACCAAAGAGGAGCUGAAGACCGUGAUGUCGGCCCCCAGCGGUCCCGCGGGGGGGUCGGCGGAGAACGAGCACGACGAACACGACGAGAACAACGCGGAGGCCAGCGCCGAGCUGUCCAACGACGGCGUGUCCGACCACCGCAGCGAGGAGGAACGCGUCACCGAGGCCCAGAAGAACGAGCGCGUCAAGAAACAGCUUCAGGCACUAAGUUCAGAACUGGCUCAAGCGAGAGACGACACCAAGAAGACCCAGAACGACGUCCUGCACGCGGAGAACGUGAAAGCCGGGCGGGACAAAUACAAGACCCUGCGUCAGAUCCGUCAGGGCAACACCAAACAGCGAAUCGACGAAUUCGAGUCCAUGUGA